UUUAGUGAGGCACGCUUCCCGGAAGCUGGAAUUCAGUACAGGAAAAAUGUCGACAUUGUCAGUGUGCCAGACGCAGCUUGGAGGUUUCAGUUUCGAAAAUUGUAAGAGGAAUGCGGUCUUGGAAACUGAAGUUACCAAAGUAGGAUGUAGGAUGCCUGCUGCCCGGAAAACAGGAACCACAAUCGUUGGGGUUGUUUUUAAAGAUGGGCUAGUUCUUGGUGCUGACACCAGGGCCACAGAAGGCAUGAUUGUGGCAGAUAAGAACUGCUCUAAGAUCCACUACAUCUCCCCCAACAUCUAUUGCUGUGGAGCGGGCACAGCGGCAGACACUGAGAUGACCACCCAGAUCAUCUCUUCCAACCUGGAGCUGCACUCCCUGUCCACGGGCCGUUUGCCCCGCGUGGCCACUGCCAACCGCAUGCUCAAGCAGAUGCUGUUCAGAUACCAAGGCCACAUCGGUGCUGCCCUGGUUCUGGGUGGAAUGGACUGCAAUGGCCCCCAUCUCUAUAGCAUCUACCCCCACGGCUCCACCGACAGGUUGCCCUACGUCACCAUGGGUUCUGGCUCUCUGGCUGCCAUGGCAGUGUUUGAGGACCGCUAUAAGCAAGACAUGGAGGAGGAAGAUGCCAAGCGGCUGGUUCGGGAUGCCAUCGCGGCCGGCAUCUUCAACGAUCUGGGCUCGGGCAGCAACAUUGACCUGUGUGUCAUCACCAAGGGCAGGGUGGACUACCUGAGGCCCCACGACAUGGCCAACAAGAAAGGGGUCAGAACCGGUAAUUACAAGUACAAGCGAGGAACAACCGGAGUCCUGACGAAAGCUGUGACCAAAUUGGAUCUGGAGGUGGUGGAGGAGACCAUACAGACUAUGGAUACCUCUUGAAGCAUCACUGUAACAUUCUGCUAAUUACUAUUGUGACUGUUCUGAUGUCCCUCCCCAACUUCGCCCUUACUUCCUUCAGUGAAAAUGGCAUGUUUUUUCAUGGUUUAUAAUAAAACGUUUGAGUUAA